CGGAGACAAUAGGACGCAGAGCUGGACGGGGUGCAAGAUGUUCGGCGCCACAUCCACACGGCUUACACCUCGACCGGGCGUCUCUCCUGGCUCACCUGGCCCUAGCAUGCGCUCACUUUUACCUGCGUGUUUACCAGCAGUCUGGGCAGACAUGGGGGGAUAUCUCAGCCUCCACAUGGGAACCAACUGAAGGUGACACCUGCACCCGCCUCCGCGUCCAUUUGCCAUUUUCUUCCCCCAGUCCGGUAUCUGAAGCAGUCCCCAUGAGUUCCUCUCCGCUGGUUUCUCGAGCAAACAUGGACAUCCUGGAUGAGCUGCAGCUGAUCGCCGCCCAAAACCUGGAGAGACUGGAGGUCAACAAGUACUACGAGGUGAUCAGGGAGCUGGGCAAGGGCACCUACGGGAAGGUGGACCUGGUCAUCCACAAAAUCAGAGGUACAAAAAUGGCACUGAAGUUCCUAAAAAAGAAGACGACCAAGCUGAAGUCAUUUAUUCGGGAGUACAGCGUCUCCCUCUACCUGUCCCCCUGCCCCUUCAUCAUCAACAUGUUCGGCAUCGCCUUCGAGACAGACGAGUACUACGUUUUUGCACAGGAGUACGCGCUGGCAGGAGAUCUCUUCGAUAUCAUUCCUCCACAGGUUGGUCUUCCUGAGGCAGUUGCAAAGCGAUGUGUGCACCAAGUAGCCAUCGCUCUGGACUAUCUGCACUGUAAGAAGCUAGUCCACAGGGACAUCAAGCCUGAAAACAUUCUCAUUUUUGACCGAGAGUGCCGCAAAGUCAAACUGUCUGACUUCGGUAUGACCCGUCGGGCUGGCUCGCCGGUGAAAAGAGUGAGUGGAACCAUCCCCUACACGGCUCCGGAGCUUUGCGACGUGUCCCGCCACGAGGGUUUCUGCGUGGACUACAGCACGGACGUCUGGGCCUUUGGGGUUCUGCUUUUCUGCAUGCUGACUGGAAACUUCCCCUGGGAGAAGGCGCUGCCCUCCGAUUUAUUCUACCAGGAGUUCAUCCGCUGGCAGAGAAGGAGGACGAACGCGGUGCCGUCGCAGUGGAGGCGCUUCACCGAGCAGGCGCUCCGAAUGUUCCGCCGACUGCUCUCGGUGGAGCAGGACAGACGCUGCUCCGUCAAAGAGGUGUUCGGCUACUUCAGCCACUCAUGGAUGCUGGACACAGAGAACAACAACAAUGGCAGCGCAGCAGGAGGAGGUGGCGGGGAGAGGGUUGGCAACGGUGGUGGAGGAGGCGGAGGGAGUCAACGAGGAGAGGUGGAAGGCACGAUUUCAACAUCUUCAUCUGGAGAAGAAGAUGAGGAGCUCCUGGUGGAGAGGAUGAAGCAGCAGACUCUGUCGCCUCGCUCCCCGAUGUCCCCCCACUCUCCCAUGUCUCCCAUGGUGGUGGAGAGGGGGAGCGGCGGCGCUGCGGCCAAAGGAGGGAUGAUGGAGCCAGGUGGUGGACACCAUUUUGUGUCCGUCUCCACUAACAGCUCCGUGUCAUCCACCAACAGCUACGACCGAAUCCCACGAGAAAACAGCUCUCCAGGUGGGCGCAUGCUGGUGGCUACACCCAUAGAAAUCUGCGUCUGAGCUCUUCAGAAGGUUUUACACACUUUAUACCUCCCAUCCUAGUUGUGCAUGCAUUUAAAAAGAAGCCGACUAAGUAUUAACAUGUUUUAAACAUCUUGGAACGGAGGAGCACAGCGUUGAAGAGGACGUUUUUGUCCACACAUUCCUCGUUUGGUCUGAUGUCUUCGGCAGACGUCGACAGAAGUCCUGUUUGGACUUCUCACCUAAUGUUCAAAUUGUGCAUCGUUGACAAAUCCUCCUGUAAAAUAGGCCAAAA